UCUCUUUCCAGAUCGUACCAGUUUUUGUUACUCAUUUAAAAAAACAGUUUCACAAUUAUGAAAUGUGUUAAGUAGUACGGAAUUCAUGUUUAAAUGCACGAUUUAUCUUAAUAUGCCGAAAUGAAAUUAAAUAUUUCAUUAUUUUUUGGAUUUAUUGGUCUUCAGAUUUCCCCGCAGGCUAGCUCGAAAGAGAACGACGGUAGUCUUGGAAACAUCGAAUUUAGCUGCCCCGCAGGUCAAUAUUUUAAUGGAGGAUAUUGCUUUUCUAUUGUGGAAGUACCAAUGAUCUGGAGCGAUGCCGAUAGGACAUGCAAACGGCAAGGCCAGUAUUUGUUUUGGGUGCUAGAUGUAGAUGAAUUAAAAGCAGUUGAUCAUUUAGUAAAGUCAACAUGGGAAUAUUAUUGGUCAGGUCUAAGUCGGAGGGAAAGGUGGUUGACCGCUAAUGAGGCAUUAUGGAGUAAUGUAAAUAACACUUUACUGUUAGAGGAAUUUGUAUGGGAAGAUGACCAGCCGGACACAGGGUACGGAGACUGUGUUCACAUAACAAAAGAUGGAUAUGGAACUUUUGAUAACUGUUUGAGAAAAUUACCAUUUGUUUGUAAAUCUGAAGCAGUUUUGAAAGGGUAUUUUCGAUGCUUAGGUGGAGAAGGAAUCCAGUCUAAAUUUGUCUGUGAUGGCCACAUGGACUGCCAGGAUAUGUCUGAUGAAGCUGAUUGUGGUUUGUAUUUAUUGUUUCUUUCACAGAUUGUAAUAACCUGUGUGUAA